UCACCUCACCUCUAUUGAAUACGAUUCAGAAUCUAAAGUCGUACAGACAGGAACCCAACAACUUAUCUUAAUCGAAAAGCAGAAAACAGCAAAACAACAUGCCAGACCGUCUCGAAGGAAAAGUCGCGAUUGUGACCGGAGGUGGAGGAGGUUUCGGAAAGGGCAUUGCACAAAAGUUCGUGGAAGAAGGGGCCAAAGUCGUCAUUGCAGACUUCGUUGAAGAUGUUGGGCAAAAGUCAGCAGAUGAACUCAAGUGUGAGUUCUUCCGAACGGAUGUCACCAAGAAAGCAGACUGGGAGGCCAUAAGGGACUUUUGUGACAAGAAGUUUGGCAAGAUCGAUGCUGUAAUUAAUAAUGCUGGUUGGACUUAUCGGAACAAGCCAACUGGAGAGGUGACUGAGGAAGAAUACGACAAGGUAUUCGGAGUCAACGUUCGAGCAAUUUACCUUUCAACGAACGUGCUCGUUCCAUAUAUUCAGAAGCAGGGCACUGGAGGCUCCUUUGUGACGAUAGCUUCCACCGCAGGUAUCAGACCUCGAGGAGGUCUCACAUGGUACAAUGCGACCAAGGCUGCCGUGAUCAAUGCUUCCAAGAGUAUGGCUGUCGAAUAUGCGAAGGACAACAUUCGUUUUAACACGGCUUGCCCGGUGGUUGGUCUCGGCACAGGACUGACUGAUUCGUUCUUGGGCAAACCUGAGAACCAAGCCACAUUCAUGGCAACGAUUCCAUUGGGGCGAGGCUCGACACCGAGGGACGUUGCGAACACAUGUGCAUUCCUCGCUAGCGACGAGGCGGACUUCUUGACUGGCAUUGAUAUUCCUGUGGAUGGCGGACGAUGCGUGUAGGCGAAACAAGAUUGGUGAACAGAUGAUAUGCUGUUUCUUCAGAGAAAGAGACGUUUCUGGUCGCUGCGCUCGUACAUGCCCCGCAGUUUUCUGACUACGAAAUCAAAGUGAGGUCGAGUAACGAUAAUUGAAUUGUGCUUCAGCGCACGAACAUACGAACGGAGGUUCUGAAGGCCUCUCUGCAGGCCACAAAUACCACCUGCCAGGCGUGAUCCUUACCCAUCGCCAUUUUUAAAUCCCAUCACCUUUCC